CACAGGCUAACAGCUGCAAGAAAGCAAGCUUAAUCAAUCAAUUAAGCCAAGUGGUACAUUAAUUAAUUACCUCAAGCAAGAGUAACAAUGCAAGCUACUUGGUCCAAGGCGUCUCUGAUCGUCGCCGCCAUCUUCCUCGUCGCCGGCCUCCUCCUCAGCUCGGCGACCGUCGUCCAUGGCGGCGGCGGCGGCAGGAGGUUCGUCAGGAGCUACGACGAGCCGUGCAAGGAGAUGAGGCUCUACUUCCACGACAUCCUCUACGACUUCAGCAACAGCACGGCCAACUCGACGUCGGCGGUGGUCGCCUCGCCGGCGGCGCUGCUGAGGGCGGCGAAGAACACCACCAUCUUCGGCACGACGGUGGUGUUCAACGACCCGAUGACGGAGGGGACGAGCGCGCUGCCGCCGUCGCUGGAGGAGACGGCGGUGAGGGCGCAGGGGCUCUACCUCUACGACGGCAAGGCGGCGUCGACGCUGAACGCGUGGCUCGCCUUCUCCGUCGUGUUCAACUCCACGGCGCGCCGCGGCACGCUCAGCCUCAUGGGCGCCGUGUUGAACUUUGCACUAGGAUCACAUAGGUUAGAUCUAGUCGGGUGGUUCUAUUUGGGUUUGAUGAACGACAUUCUAGAUGAAAGAGAGAGGGUUUAGAUACCGACCGGUUGAGGAGUUCGUGGAGGAAGAGGCGCCGGACAUCGUCGUUGUCGUCGCGGCUUGACGUGGAUGCGGCGCCGGUGAGGUCGACGGUGAUGACGGCUGCGGCAGUGGUGGUCGUAGACGUCCCGGCGAUGAGACGUGGCGCGGCGGUGGCGUUUCCCGUCACUGGCUGCGCCCCCUCUCGAUCGGAUUAGGGUUUUGUGGGGUGGAGUUGGCGGCGGCGGUGAACUUCGUACGUUGUGCCGUGCCGGCCUCCACCCCUCU